AUUUAAUGCUCUUGGCAGACUCAGCACGCACAAUCGAAUACCACAGUUCGGCAGCGAAAAGCUCUCACCGUCGAAAUCCACGGCUACAUCGGCACUUCCUUUCCCUGAGUAAAGAAACUACCUUUCCCAAGCGCGGCAUCCUGUGCCGGUCUGCCGCCUGCUCAGGAGUCUUUACAGUGUAAAUGUAAUAAUAACUAGGGACUUUGGUGUAUCCAGGGCCUAGAACAAGGUCUUUGUGCACCAAUAUUCGACUCCAUAUUAUCAUUGAUGCCAAGCCAGCUGUGCCGGAUGAGUCCCGCUCAGGCAAGUCCGAUUGAGUUGUUCAUUUUACCAACCCUAGGUAGGGAAGUAGGUAGGUAAGCCUCCAUCUUGGGCCUUGAUUGCUAGCCUUUCGAGCCGGGCUACAUGUGAAUGGGCCGUCCCCCUGGUUGCACCGAUACUUGCCGGAUAAAAGCCCCCAUCUCGCAGUCUGCUCUCUAUAAACUCUGAAGUUUUCAACUGGCCAUUUGUUUCCCACACUCAACCCCAGCUGCCAGCCCACCUCUGCUGUUUCCAACUCGUUUGCUUUUCAAACCAGUCGCCAGUCACAAUGGUGUCCGCUCGCUAUCUUAUCGGUGCCACGUUGGCCAUCGCCAGCGUGUCGGCCGUUGGCAUUCCCGAGUCUAAUGAAGUCCUGGAACAGGCAUCCCAUCUGCUCAAGCGUCAAGAACCCGGCACGCCUGCCUACAACUGCCACAAUACCUGUGGACAGGCUCUCCGCCAGGGUCGCUUCAGCGGCGACGCCUGUUGCUCCAACGACGUCUUCCUGACCAACUACAAGAACUGCCUCCAAUGCUCUGGCCCAGACAACCACAACAUCUGGACCUUUUAUGGCAACAGCGUCGGUAACUUUGGCAGGGCAUGCAGUCUCUCCACAACCCCCCUGUCCGGGAAGCAGCCCGACGUGCCCGAGGCCAUCCCCGCCGUCGAGACCGGCGCAGGCUCAACGUCCGCUACCGCAUCUUCGGCUGCUGCCUUGUCGACCGGCCCACGGGAGACGACCACAACCCCAGAACCUCCAUCGUCGGCCUCAAGCUCUUCGUCUGCGGCUACUACUAGCCCGGCCAGUGGCUCCUCUUCAGGUGGUGCUUCUGUCAGCGUAGGCGGCAGCUCGACUCCGCACGCCAAUGCUCCGACAUCAGCACCUUUGCCUGCUGGUGCCUCAGCUAUAACGAAGAACGGCAUGACCAUUCUGAGUUUGGCUGUGGCGGUUGUGGCUAUUGAAGCCCAGCUGUGGUGAAAUAUGAGUAAAAACUUUGGUGCGGUUGAAUAUGCAGCAUGGCAUGUCCUAGAAUUAAUGUAAACAAUAACAAACCCCUGCUCACAG